CUCCACCCACCGCGGAUCUGGUUUACGGCUUGGAGCGCAGGCUCCAGUGCGGCAGCUGAUUGGUUGCCGAAGGCUUGGUCCCAUCCCAGUGACCCCAAAGUGCUGGAAGGAGGGGGCGGGGGUGGCCCAGUGCAAAGUGCAUCCCGAAAGCCCCCUGUCGGGACACCCCGCUGCUGACACUUGGACCUGGUACGAUUUGGGGUCUCCCUGUCCCCAGACCUCUUGAGUCCCUCGGUAGCUGGAAGCCUCCGGCCCGGCGCGCGGCAGACCCCUGGUCUGAGCCCCUGGACUGGGACUUGCCCCCCCCCAACCCGAGCCGGCACUUCCUCCCUGCACCCCUUCCCGGAGGCUGUUCCUGAGGCCAAGACCGCCACCUCUAACCGGAUCGGCUCUCUGGAUGCUCUCCGGGCUGGGGCCGUGAAGCAUCGAGGAGAAUCAGGAACACGGUGUCCGGCCCUGCCUGGGGUGUUUCUUCAAUGGAGAAGUUGGUGAAUGUGCAGGAGGCUGAAAGGAGGGAGAGGAGCUGCAGCUGAGGGGACAGGUUUGAGCUGGCUGGAGGACACUCGUGAGCAGAAGGGGUCUACCCACCCGCCGGAGAAGCAGCAGGGAGACUGCUUUGGACCCGCAUCCUCUCUAAAGGCACCUGUACUGCUGAAGCUGUAUUUGUUCUUAAGGUGAAGCAUACUCUUGCUCCAAGGCCUGGACAUGCUGGGAGCCCCUUCCCCAUGAUGCUGCUUGUGCACAAUGGUCAUUAGACAACCUGUCUACCAAGAGAAGAGUCAUUCUUCUGUAAGGCUGAUUCCUUUGACCUAAUGACUGGUUGGUGAAAAGCGGACUCUGCUAGGAUGUUACACCACCACUGUCGGAGGAACCCUGAGCUCCAGGAAGAAUUGCAGAUUCAGGCUGCAGUAGCUGCCGGGGAUGUUCACACAGUACGAAAGAUGCUGGAGCAAGGCUAUUCCCCAAAUGGCCGAGAUGCCAAUGGCUGGACCUUGCUCCAUUUCUCCGCAGCAAGAGGAAAGGAGAGAUGUGUUCGGGUGUUUCUAGAACAUGGAGCUGAUCCUACGGUUAAGGACUUAAUCGGAGGCUUCACCGCUCUGCAUUACGCAGCCAUGCACGGCCGGGCCCGGAUUGCACGCCUGAUGUUAGAGUCUGAAUACAGGAGUGACAUCAUUAAUGCAAAGAGCAAUGAUGGCUGGACUCCUCUCCACGUGGCUGCCCACUAUGGGAGGGACUCAUUCGUCCGGCUCCUUCUGGAGUUCAAGGCUGAGGUCGACCCACUCAGUGAUAAAGGUACGACGCCGCUUCAGCUGGCCAUCAUCCGGGAGAGGUCCAGCUGCGUGAAAAUCCUCCUGGACCACAACGCCAACAUCGACAUUCAGAACGGAUUCCUGUUGCGCUAUGCUGUGAUCAAAAGCAAUCACUCUUACUGCCGCAUGUUCCUUCAGAGAGGGGCAGACACAAACUUGGGGCGCCUAGAAGAUGGACAGACUCCUUUGCAUUUGUCUGCCCUCCGUGAUGACGUGCUCUGUGCACGGAUGUUGUAUAACUAUGGAGCGGACACGAACACAAGGAACUAUGAAGGUCAGACCCCACUGGCCGUUUCAAUAAGUAUUUCAGGAAGUAGUCGGCCAUGUUUGGAUUUCUUACAAGAAGUCACAAGACAACCCAGAACCCUGCAGGACCUGUGCCGAAUUAAAAUUCGACAGUGUAUAGGCCUUCAAAACCUGAAGCUGCUUGAUGAACUACCAAUUGCCAAGGUCAUGAAAGACUACUUAAAACACAAAUUUGAUGAUAUCUGAUAUACCUGGACUGUGAACAAGAUUAAGAGUUAUUCCAGAUACUUAAGAGGCUUUGGGCCUUGCACAAAGUAUAUCCUAUGCAAUUUCUGAUUUGCUGUGAAGUCAGAAGGCAGGUAUACACUUUUAGGGUUUUUGUUUGUUUGGUUUCAUUUUAGGGGAGGGAUUUUUUUAUAUAUAUAUAAACACACACACACACCACACGCUUGAAGGUCUUAAUUUGGUUUUUUUGGUCCAAGUCUAUGAGGUCCAAGCCUUUCUAUACAAUAAUGCAUUUAGAAAAAUUGUUUUUCCUAAAUGCACCAACACAGGCAGGUUUAAAGUGGAAGGUUUUCCCCUUUAGUGCUCCGGUUUCAUUGGUGAACAAGGUACUAAGAAACCAGUGGAACACUUGUUAAGUUUGGAGGUCUUGGGUUCACCCAGCAGAUCCUGGGUGAUGCUGGAAAAUUCCCUACGAAGAAACUUACAGUAAUGCUGUCACCUCAUUCAUUUUUAAUGAGUACAGAUGAGCUGUUUAAAAAUUCUUUUUUCUCUUCUAAUUAAUGUAGCUUUCCAAUGAAAAGAAAAAAAAAACCAGUACCUCUGCUUCCUUUUGGUGUGCGCUUAUUUUUAAAUUAUUCUUUUUAAACAACUGUAGGACACUACUCUGAGACAUUGUGUUUCAAUUCCUUUCUCUCUUGUUGAACUGUACUUUUAAAACAAGAUUAACGGGGAACAGAAUUAACUUUUUAAAGCCAGUGUCUUCUGUUUUUUUUUUUU